GGGGUCAAUAUAUAUAGGUAACUACAGAGGGAAGGUCAUAGUCACCGUCCCGUACGACAACGAGUACUCCGUACAGUACCUUAGCUUGCGAUGCAUUUCAUCCAUCGUUAUCACUCCUCUGGCCAGGGUCUGACCCCACUCUCGGGUUCAAGCCAAUGUCUUCGAUCCUAGGAUCAGACCAUGACUCCAAUUCCCAUGUUCCAUGGCAGGUCGCGCGAUGACGUUUUCACUUUUCCUACCCAUUGGAACACGAUCCGUAUUUCCGUAAUCUAUAUAUGAAUUACACGUGCCAAAAAAAAAAAAAAAGCAAAAAAAAGGACCGAGUUUGCAGCCUGAACAAAGACAUAAGCAGACCCCAUUUACUCCAUAACCGGGGCUUGAUUGAAGAGUGGCCGGAGCACAAAGUACUUUGUAUACGAAGGUACGGAGUACAGUAUCCUCCUUUAUAUUUCGUUCCAAGUACUUCAAAAGGCCUAUAACAACAAGCAAUUACUAUCUCUGGAAUCUCCGAAUAGAGAUUAUUAUUCAAAUCUCAUGAUUAUUAGCCUGGCACUAUUCUGUAUCUACGCUACACCAACAUGGCCUCUCCAGAUCACAUGACCGUGCAAUUUGGCAGGCCCGUCAACUUUCGCCGGGCAGGAAGUUCUCCGCACAUCGCAUAUCCACUCAUCGACUAGCGCCUGGAAGCUAAGAGAUCCUGUCGAGACUUCUUCAAUCUGUCGUCUGGUUGCCUUUGCCCUAAUACCUUUUCUUCUACCCCAAAUACCCCUGAUCGUUGCCCACCAUGUCUGACGUCGCCGCCUUGGAGGCCGAGGUCAAAGAAUUCAAGAUCCAGCUUGAAACUGUCCAAUCUAGUUUGCAGGUAGAACCCGAUAACACGGAGCUGCAAAGUCUCAAGACUGAACUCGAAGAACUCAUAACUCUCACCGAAACCGCCAUCGCCGAACUCAAACCACCCGCACCCGCAGCCAAGCCCAAGCCGAGCACAGCACCGACUCAGGAGUCAUGGUCAUCGAAAGACUCUGUCUCGCGCCCGUCACAGCCUACCCUCGAUCGUGCAGACGAGGCCGCCACCACCGCACCCCCGCCAGCCGCCUCGUUCGCCGUCAAUGACACCGUUCUCGCCCGCUGGGUUUCGGGCGACAAUGCCUUUUAUCCUGCUCGCAUCACCUCCAUCACUGGCUCCUCCAGCAAUCCUGUAUACCUGGUCUCGUUCAAGUCGUACGCGACCGUUGAGAACCUGACGGCCAAGGAUAUCCGCCCCAUCGCGGGUAGUGACUCUCGCAAGCGCAAAGCUGAUGGAAACCCAGGAAGUUCAGCAUCCCCCUCCCCCGCUCCGCCGUCAGUCUCACACGCAAAUGUGAUCUCGGCAGCGGCCGAUAUCAAUCCAACUCUUGCCAACCAAGCCCGCCAGGAACCUAGCAAGGUUGGGGAUGCGUCCGCACGUCCUGCCAAGGUGCCUCGCAAGGUCAAGGCCAAUAAGGAAUUGGAGGCGGGCAAGAAUAAUUGGCAAAGUUUUGCAGCCAAGGGCAAGGGCAAGUUUGGGAAGAAGGAUAGCAUGUUCCGUACCGGAGACUCGGUAAAUGCUCGAGUGGGAUUUACGGGAUCUGGUCAACAGAUGCGCAGAGAUCCUACGAGGACACGCCAUGUCUAUCAACAGGCUGAGGACGAGGGCUAUUAAUAUGGCAACAUCGCCUCAGGCUCGUUGGUCGAGCGGUGGAGAUCUCACAGCAUUGGGCCCUCGGGCUAUGGUUAUGUCCUGUUUCUUUCCUGUUUCCUACUUCCUUCGUUUGGAGUACUCCUCAUGUUCUCAUCGCUAACUGGAUCGGCGAUGCAGAUAAAGCCAUCUUUUGUGUUUCUCGCCUAGCGGAGUUUUGUGUCCAUAGAUUAUGGUUCUACCGGGGAUCUCAUAAGUUUUCUUUAUGAAAUCUGCGCGUGGUGCUAUGGUCCCGUCCUCGUGGAGACGUACUACUUGGCCUGCGCUCCGAGCCUGCGAAUGCUGGAUCAUUGCGAUUUUCACUGGAUAUAUUACUUGACCGGAGCUUCGGUAGAGCCCUUUCAUUCUGCAUCUUAUCGAAUAGUAUUGCCUCAGUAUUACCCGUAUCUCAUGGAAAGUGGAGGUAUGCCGUGCUCAACCCGUUGCCCUGCUGUACAAAGCACAUUAAAUUUCACCAAAGGAGGCUAGUUCCAAUUAUUGAAA